AUGUUGGAGGUAUUGCAAGGCAGGAACUUCUCCCACAGCACCUUUGUGUUCCAAGGCUUCCCCAAGCUGCAGAAACACCGCCGGCUGCUGGCGCUGCCAUUCUCCAUCUCCUACCUGUCGGCGCUGCUGGGAAACUCUCUACUGGUGUACGUGAUCUGCAGCAUGAAGAGUCUGCACAGCCCCAUGUACUUCCUCAUCUGCAUGCUCUGCAUCGUUGACGUCGUCGUAGUGACCGCAAUCAUCCCCAACAUGCUCCUCGGCCUCCUGUUCGACUGGGACGAGAUCUCAUUGGCCGGCUGCUUGACUCAGAUGUUUGUCACUCACUUCCUGUCCUCGGUGGAGUCGACUUUGCUGCUGGCUAUGGCACUGGACCGCUAUGUGGCCAUCAGCCAGCCGCUACGCUACACUGAAAUCAUUGACUCCUCCAUGUUUGUGAAGCUGCUACUCUUCACUCUGGUGCGCAGUGGCUCCAUCAUGGCAACGCUGGUGGGUCUGGUGGGUUCUUUGCAGUUCUGUUACUUGAACACCAUCCAGCACUGCUACUGUGACCACAUGGCGCUGGUCAGCCUGGCCUGUGGCAACACCGACAGAAAUAGCGCAGUCGGCCUUGCCGUGAUUGUCUGCUUCGUAGGUGUGGACAUACCCCUCAUCUUCUUCUCCUACAUGAAGAUCCUGAGUGUUGUCUUGCGAUCCGUCGCAGCUGGCGAGGACCGCUGGAAAGCGUUCCACACCUGUGGGACUCACUUGAUCGUCAUGAUGUGUUUCUACCUGGUAGGCAGCGUCACCUUCCUCUCUCACAACCUGAACAUCCCCAUACUGACAGACGUCAACACCUUCAUGGGUCUCAUGUACAUUCUGUUCCCGGCGACCGUCAACCCCGUCAUCUAUGGAAUUCGGACCAAAGAAAUCAGAAACAGUGUUUAUAGACUUUUUAAACUCAGAGCAAAGAAAAUCCUGAUGGUGAAGGUUUUCCCUUCUAGUAAAGGUCAAAUAUGA